AUGGUCAAGAUAAAGCCCACCAAGCGCAAGGGAGCAGCGCAGGCGGCGGACAAAAAAGCGGCCGGCGCGAAAAAACAUAAGAGGGGGAGCGAAAGCAUUGAUCUCGCGUCUAUACCGUUGCACCCGGACCCAGGUUCGGCUGCGACUGCUCGAUCGUCGCCAGCAGGAGUGGAGGAAAGAGAGGCAUCGCCCGUGCCUAAACGAAGACACUUCACGCGAGCGUCGCUGAAGAUAGUGAAGCGGGAGCCGUCGCCCGUUCUGCAACCUAGAUUCUUCAUGGGCACUCCAGAAGAGGAAGUGGUGAAGAGGGAGCAAUCACCGGUUCUACAGCCUAGAUUCUUCAUGGGCACCCCGGAAGAGGAAGUAGUGAAGAGGGAGCCAUCACCGGUUCUGCAACCUAGAUUCUUCAUGGAUGACGCGGGAGAAGUGGUAAAGCGCGAGCCGUCGCCUGUUCUGCAACCUAGAUUCUUCAUGGGCACCCCGGAAGAGGAAGUGGUGAAGAGGGAGCCAUCACCGGUUCUACAGCCUAGAUUCUUCAUGGGCACUCCGGAAGAGGAGGAAGAGGAGGAAUACGACAACAACAACGACCAAGAAGAAGAAGAAGAGGAAGAAGACGAAUCCACCCGCGCCACGCGCCUCCUUCUAGACCACUACUCCCCCGAGAUCAUAAACCAGCACAUCGACCAGCGCGCCCUGAAGCUCUACCCGGCCCCGUCCCCACACCUCGUCUACGUCGUCACGCACUCGCGCACCAGCCACAACAGCGGGCCCGAGUUCCUCGUCCUCGGCACGUACCGGAGCGCGGCCGACGCCAACGAGCGCGCGCUGGUGUACACGAUGAUGCGGCAUACGUGCCACCAGUCGCACCACCACUACCCGGACUACACCGUCACCAUCACCCGACACAACGGUGGCAAUGAUGCCCCCCAAUUCCCCUUCGCCACCAACGCACCAGUCCGCCCACUCCUCGGCGCCCCCGAGCCCGCUGUGGGGGGUCCCGCGCACUACUGGUUUGACGCGCACGGCCUGCUGUCGCUGUGGGAGGCGAACGGGGUGUCGUGGGCGCGCACGUGCGUCACGCGGCAGGACGUCGGCGUUGCGGGGUAUGAUGAUGAUGAGGCUGGUCGUGCGGGGCGUGCGGGGGGUGGAUGGUCUGUUUGUUGUCGGUAG